UUCCUUGAUGAGGAAACGUGGCAGGCUUUUCGGGCCAAACGAUUAGAACAUUCCUUUCAGGAAAAGAGAAAAAUUGCACAAGACCUUCAGAAAAAUAAUGUCCACCCACACAGAUUGUCUCGUGGGGGAUAUGAUAGGUUAGAGGAGAUUAUGAUCCGUGAGGCCUCUUCCUUAGCUACCGAUGAUCAGUCAGAUUUGAGUUUGAUUUCUCCACCUCCACGUCAUGAGAAAUGGAAGCGAGCUCGCACUAAGCCAUCAGGAGAAUACACAUCUGAAGAAACUCGACUUAUAGCGAAGAAGAUUGAUGACUUAGUGGAAAAAAGCACUCAAGGCUCAUUCACUCAAGAAGGCCGAGAUGACAUAUUAGCUGUUGCCAUUGGACGUCCGGAGCAUCCAGGAUAUAUCCGUGGUGUUGGACGAGGGGUAGGACUCAAGCAAUUCUUUGGUGGUCCUANUCGAAAAGUUACUAUAGCACANCUUAGUGAAUCUGAUAAAAAGGUGCUGAAAAAUGAGUUUAAGAAAGAAUUGUUCCCAGAGUUUAAGAAAGAAUUGAUCCCAGAAUUGAGACAAGAGAUAUUGUCAGAAAUCAAAUCAGAGAUGGCAUCCUUAGGAUUGACUAUUCAAGGUCCACCAAAGGUGGCUUCCAAUGUUGCUAGCACAAAGGGGAGUUGUCCUCUUCCUGAGGAAUCAGGGGAUGGUGUUGAUGUCCCAAUUGAUUGUGAAUUGUAUGUUGAUGAUCCCCAUUGGCAUUUGGUGGCUUUAGGUAAAAUAUAUAAUUUGGGAAGCACCAUUCACCAUGAGGCUAUUAAUGAUGAUAUGUUGCGAGUGGUGGUUGUAGAUAUUAAAGAUUCUUCUGCUCGUGUUCCUCUGCCUAGUGAGGAGGUUCAAAUAGUGGGACAAGCUCCAGGAAAUUUUAUCAUUUGGCCAGCUAGAUUGACAAAGCCAAUUGUAGACGUUUCUAAGAAGACAAACAUUGUUACACCUCCACAACCACAAUUGUCUCCUCUCCAACAACUUGCUUUAGNGAUAGUCACAAUGGGGAGUAAAACUAUUGAGAUAGAUAUGCCUCCUGAACUCACAUGCAAGAUUGGUACUACCACUUUAUUUGUAUGUCAUAGGGAUAUCUGUGAAAUUGUCAUUGGUAAUGAUCUCCUCUCUACAACAGUUCUACAACUUUGGAAUUUGUAUUUGCAUCACCUCUGCAUCGAGAGAAGGAAUGCUACUAUUUAUGGAUUUCUUGAUCCUGUUAUAAUUCAAAGUGUAAGAAAUAAAUCAGAGGAGGUGCAAAAGUACUUGAUAGAAAUGUUUGAAAAAGCUGGUAAAGAGGUCUAUUUAGCACCUUACUUGCAUAAGGGUCAUUGGCAAUUGCUAGUUAUUGUUCCUGAUCAUUCUCUUGUAGUUCUCUUGUGUUCCUUGCAUAAGAAAGCUAACACAUUGUCCAUCAAAAAUAUAUUACAGGCGUCUUUGGAAGCUCAUUCAAGGCUACGGGGUAUUCCAUGUGUUUCUAGGAAGAAGAUGCAAAUAAUCACACCUAAUUGUCGACGUUAGUUGGGCAGCUAUGAGUGUGGGUAUUAUGUAAUGAAACACAUGUAUACCAUUAUUUCUACAAACAUGACUGAAUCAUGGAAUCAGGUAUUAAAAAACUAACUAAAUACUUAUUUAACUAUUCAUUACAAUAUUGUUUAAC